AUGCCCCUCAUAUUUUCUCCCCUUAUCCUCCUCAUAUCCCUCCUUAUUGGCUGCUUGUACCGCCCCAUAGUGUCAGAAAAUGGUUUUGUUACAGGCAGAAAUGACCGCAUUUUACUUUUGACUGCACAUCCCGACGACGAGUGCAUGUUCUUUGCACCAACCCUGCAAGCGCUUGUAAAAGCGCCAGUGGAGCAACCUACCUUUCACCAUCAGAAAAUUUUCUCUUCCGCAGCUUACAAAAGUCCGACAACACAAGUUUACUCAUUGUGUCUGUCUACCGGGGAUGCGGAUGGACUCGGUGAAACGCGACGGCUUGAAUUAGCCCGCAGCUUGGAUAUUCUGGGAGUUGAAUCUUCCGAUAGAUGGCUUGUUGACCAUCCUGAGCUUCAAGAUAAUAUAACUUCGCAAUGGGAUCCAACAAUCAUUGCCGAGGUCGUAAGGCCAUAUCUUCUUCAACAUAAAUUCACCGUAAUCCUCACCUUUGACUUCCAAGGAAUCUCAUCCCAUCCAAACCACCAGUCGCUGCCCAGCGGUGCUGCACACCUCGUCAAGUCUCUUUCACAAGUCAAUGCUGACACGGCUCCCCGACUUUUCACGCUCGUAACUGUUCCUCUAGUAUCAAAAUACACAGGAUUUCUUGCACCUACCCUCGUGAAAUUGGAUCUUCUUCUCCCACACCAGUUCAAAUGGCUGCUAAUACCCUUCCUUCGCACAUUUGACGCAACUGCUGGUAUCUCAAGAAUUGGAGCCCAACCAGUUUUCGUUUCAGGUAUCCCGGAAUAUGCGACUGCGCUACGGGCAAUGUACGCACAUCAGAGCCAAUUAGUGUGGUUUCGAUGGUUAUAUGUCUUAUUCUCGCGUUACAUGUGGGUCAAUGAAUGGGUCGAGUUGGCGGCGUGA